CAUAUUUACAAACACAACACAAACCCCUAAACUUACCUUCUCCCUCUGUUUCCCAAAUCAAAAACACUUCAAUUUUUUACCCAACAAAAUCCUCAAAAUUUACAAUUACAACACACAGCUAAACGAACAUCAAUCCUCGUCCCUCUCUCUUUGUCUUCCUCAAUUGAACCCAAAAAACUACCUCAGCACCAAAACCACACACCAAACCAUGUAUUUAUCGGAGAAACCUCGUCCCAUCGAUUUCUACAAGGAAGAAGGGGCACGAGACAUGAUAAUCGAGGUGGUGUCCAGCGGCGAGCUUCCGCCGCCGCCGCCGCACCACCAGCAGCCGCCGAUGAUCCUCGGCGAGAGCAGCGGCGAGGACCCGGAGGUGGAGAUCAAGGCGCCGAAGAAACGCGCCGAGACUUGGGUGCAAGACGAGACGCGAAGCCUCAUUGGGCUUCGGCGUGAGAUGGAUUCGCUCUUCAACACUUCUAAGUCGAACAAGCACUUGUGGGAACAGAUUUCGGCGAAGAUGAGGGAAAAGGGUUUCGAUCGUUCUCCAACGAUGUGCACUGAUAAGUGGAGGAACUUGUUGAAGGAGUUUAAGAAGGCGAAGCAACAAGAUAGAGGAGGGAGUGGUUCUGCUAAGAUGUCUUAUUACAAAGAGAUUGAUGAGAUCCUCAGAGAGAGGAGCAAGAGUGUGCAGUACAAGAGCCCUACUCCUCCUCCUAAAGUUGAUUCUUUUAUGCAGUUUGCUGAUAAAGGUAUCGAUGAUACCAGCAUCUCUUUUGGGCCAGUUGAAGCUAGUGGAAGACCAACACUCAAUCUUGAGAGAAGUUUGGAUCAUGAUGGACAUCCUCUUGCCAUUACCACAGCUGAUGCUGUUGCAGCGAGUGGAGUCCCUCCUUGGAAUUGGAGAGAGACUCCUGGGAAUGGUGGGGAAAGUCAGUCAUGUUGUGGAAGGGUUAUAUCAGUCAAAUGGGGUGAUUAUACAAGACGAAUAGGUAUUGAUGGCACUCCAGAAGCCAUCAAGGAAGCAAUUAGAGCUGCUUUUAGAUUGAGAACUAAACGUGCAUUUUGGUUGGAGGAUGAAGACCAGAUUAUCAGAAGUAUUGACCGUGACAUGCCUAUAGGAAAUUACACUCUUCACCUUGAUGAAGGAAUGGCCAUUAAAGUAUGCCUCUAUGAUGAGUCUGACCAUAUCCCUGUGCAUACUGAAGAGAAGAUAUUUUACACCGAAGAUGAUUACCGGGAUUUUCUGGCACGCCGAGGUUGGACAUGUCUAAGAGAAUUUGAUGGCUACAGAAAUAUUGACAAUAUGGAUGAUCUCCGUCAUGGUGCCAUAUACCGUGGUGUGAGCUGAAAGCAGGUGCAUAAUAUGAUAAAUCUUCAGCUAUUUGCAUAAAAAGUAUGGAGAACUGUGGUGGGGCUGUUCAGAUCUUUGAUAUAUGUGCGCACUAACCUGGAACUGUAUUUGUUUUAGUUUUGAUAAUGCUGUUUAUAGUUUUAUGAUAGGAAAAAUGAACUAGUCCCCUCUGCACAAAUUCCGUUCGGAUCACUGGCCUUAUCAUGUCUGUAAAUAUGCAUUUGCAGUGAGAACAUAUUAUUGUCAAGUUUCAUAGUGGAUCAUUUUCAUCUCCUAGUUUUACUUUCUUUUAGUUAACCCUUUGUACAAUAAUAACAUUUUCAUCACCUGGACGGUUGCAUGUUUUUUCUGACACGCCGCCUAAGCAGAAAUCUUUUGAACAAUCGCAACAGUUUAUUCUAAUUAAAUAACUUUUGUUUGGAAUUUAUUACUUGUCAGAAGUCCUCAGAAUUCUAUACGGAAUUUAAUACUUGACUGAUGUUAUUAUUGCUUCUGAAGGGAGGCAAGGUGUGACGUAAUGUCAAUAUUUAACACAAGCAAGCCUGCCAUCCUGGAAAGUGGAAACGUUGGUGUUGGUGUUGGUGUUGGUGUUGGUGUUGUGUUUCACAUGCAUUUGCCUUUAGUUUCCUUAGCCCGUUGAUUUGUUACAAUAUAAGUUCGUUGUUGCCUGUCAAGUGGUUUGAGUCCUAAACCUGAGGUUAUUUUGGCUCAUAUAAACAUUUCACAUGGAUUUGCCGACAUUUCAUAUGACAAAAAAAACUUUAUAGUACGGAAGUGCUUCGAAAG